AGCGUUCAAAGUCGCCACACGCCUCAUGGGCAAAGUUUCAAGUUUCUUACAAGUUUUGCCAUCAUUGGCUGAACCUUGAGGCGCCUGCAAGUUCUACUUUGUUUGGAGAUGUCGGCGCCGUCUCCACCCCUCAUCCUGCUGUUGGAGGAGGAGGAGCGACUUUUUUAUUAGGGUUUUUGCGAGGAGAAAGAAUCCUGCAAAAUGCAAGAAAAUGUUAAGAUGAGUGCCCGUACUUAACCGCGCUCGGACCAUCAGGCAGCUUUUACCCCCUUGGACUCCGGCCGCCCGGUCGCCAUGGAGACGGUGGUGAUCGUGGCCAUCGGGGUGCUGGCCACCAUUUUCCUGGCGUCCUUGGUGGCCCUGGUGAUGGUGUGUCGACACCGCUACUGCCGCCCGCACCACCUGCUGCUGCACCACUUUGACUCCAAGCCCACCGUGGACCUGAUCGGCGCCAUGGAGACCCAAAGCGAGCUCUCCGAGCUGGAGCUGGACGACGUGGUCAUCACCAAUCCUCACAUCGAGGCCAUCUUGGAGAACGAGGACUGGAUCGAGGACGCCUCGGGUUUGGUGUCUCACUGCAUCUCCAUCCUGAAGAUCUGCCACACUUUGACGGAGAAGCUGGUCGCCUUGACGAUGGGCUCAGGGGCGAAAGUGAAAGCCCCGGCCAGCCUAAGCGACAUCAUCACGGUGGCCAAACGCAUCAGUCCCAGGGUGGACGACGUGGUGCGUUCAAUGUACCCGCCUCUGGACCCCAUCCUCCUGGAUGCAAGGGCCACAGCUCUGCUGCUGUCCGUCAGCCACCUGGUUCUGGUGACCCGCAAUGCCUGCCACAUGUCCGGCAGUCUGGACUGGAUUGACCAGUCGCUGCACGCGGCCGAAGACCACAUGGUGGUGUUGCGGGAAGCGGCGCUGGCCUCCGAGCCAGAUCGCUGCCUUGCUGGAGGUGAAGUCCAGAGGGAGCAGGCGAUCUAGACCCCGACUCAGACAUAGACCCCAUGGAUUUAUUCAGUCUGUGACAGCUGUAUCAUCCUCUUGUGUCAGCUUUCUGAGCACUUCAAAGAGGAACUGUAUUUUUUUGGAAUGUUGUCUGUCAUUCACAAUCCUUAUGUAAGGCAAGAACACAUGUUCUUUUUAAUACAUUCUAAAUCGUAAUAAAUGCUAGCAAAAGUCAGCUAACAAUAGAAGUAAUAUAGGAGUCACUCUAUUUUGCCUAUACAACACACAAAAAAAAACCCUACAUAAGCGUUUUAUAUACACUAAGUAUAUAUGUAAUGUAGUAACAGGCACAUUCAUAAUAACAUGUAAUAUUUAAACACUUUACUCAUUUUAAGCAUACAGCCACAUAUUGAUUUCACUGACGCAUUACAACUUUUGAUUGUUCCUUCAUCAACAACAACACUACAAAUCAUGGCAGACCUCAAUCUACAAAGACUACUUUGGGAAAAAUGAUGCCCAGAAUAUAGAGAGGAUGAUCUACAAGUUUUAAAAGCUGUGUGAUAAACAGAUACAGAUUUCAUAAAACACUAAACUACAAACAUAACCCUAGUCACUUACUGUAUAAUGUUGGCUCUCACGGGGAUGUUGACUAAAGGAAUGUUUGUAUCUUUCCGUUUAGAUGAAGAAUUAAUAAUAAUGGGUGCAAGCUAGCGUCUUUUUGAGUCUUUUCUCGCCAUGGGUAUAAGUUGGAUGUGAAAGAUGACCAACUUCUCGGUUUAUGGUCACAACUUUCUACUAUUCAGGUGAGAGGCAUGAUUUAUGAUCUAGAAUUAACUUUCACCAACUCAGAGGGAAUGCAGCACCAGCGCGGUAUGUCAAUGCUGUAGCUGCACAAGCUAGUUGCCGCUAAAAAAGUGGCUCCUCUGCGUUAGUUAAUAUAAAUAUUGCUUAUACUUGCUCAAUAUCCAGAUCACAGCAUGUAAAUUAAGUAUUGUUGGCGGUUUUAGACCUAUUUUUUUCAAGAGUACGGAAUAGUGCACUCCCAUUUGGUGCAUGGUUAGCCACCUCGUACUUGCCAUAUUUUACUAACUAGAAUUCAUUCAAAAAAAGAAAAACAUAUGUGUUCUUGUCUUACAUAAGGAUUGUGAAUGAUAGGCAACAUUCCAAAAAAAAGUGCAGUUCCCCUUUAAGUGAUAAUAGUUGGAAAUGUCCUCCUCAGAAUGGGCUCUCAGUGGAGCUGAGCUCAAAUCCAAAUCACAUGAAGGCUUAGUAAAAAAUAAUCCUUUCAGGAAAAAAACAGCCAGUCGAUGUUCUGCAACUUAGUGGACCAGCAGAACCUGGCAUGCAUUGUGUGAGUGAGGGUAAGCGUGACUUCAGAAAAACUUUCCUUUCACUUUCAUUCCUCUUCUUUUCGCGUGGCAUUUAAGGUGAAAAAAAAAACAAGCAAUGUUGACUUUUGCUAGAACAACUGCUCAGUGGAGCGUGUGGUCUGCCUGUGACAUCCUUCCAUCAGGUCUUUGUGUCCUUAGGGCUUCCCAUCGGUCGCAACUGGACUGUUCAGAUUGUCUUGGACAGCUAGGACAGACUGGAGCCGUCCUAUCUAGUCUCUGAACAUGAACUGAUGAAGCCUGCUCAUCUUCUAGGACGAAGGUGUCCAAAAUGUGGCCCGGAGGCUAUUUGCGGCUCGCAGCUAAUAUUUUAACGGCCUGCAGCACAUGCUAUCAAUCAAUCAAUCAAUCAAUCAAUGUUUAUUUAUAUAGCCCUAAAUCACUAGUGUCUCAAAGGGCUGCACAAACCACAACGACAUCCUCAGUUGAGCCCACGUUAAGGGCAACGAAAACUCACCCCAGUGGGACGUCGGUGACAGUGACAAUGUUGACUAUGACAAACCUUGGAGAGGACCGCAUAUGUGGCCAACCCCCCACCCCCAGGGGACCGAAAGCAAUGGAUAUCGUGCUAAAAUGCUAAAAUACAAUUACAAAAUAAAACAAAACAAAAAAUCAUAAAAAACGGAAUAAAAUAGUAAACAGGUGAAAUGCAAAGAGAAAAAGUUGCAGUACUGACUAAUAACACAAGCUGUCAUUGCUCAAAAAAUAAUAAUGGUUAAGAAUUAUUGGCCUAUAAUGAAUUCAAAUAAUCUCCUCUGACAUAUUUUUGGGGAAAAUAUUUCAUAUUUUUUGCCAUAAAAAAACAAAGGUUUUCUUUGACAAAAAGGGCAUAAAACAUAAUAAUACAAAUGUAUAAUUUAAAAGUUCAACUUAAAGGCCUACUGAAACCCACUACUACCAACCACGCAGUCUGAUAGUUUAUAUAUCAAUGAUGAAAUAUUAACAUUGCAACACAUGCCAAUACAGCCGGUUUAGUUUACUAAAUUGCAAUUUUUAAUUUCCUGCGAGGUAUCCUGUUGAAAACAUCGCAGAAUGAUGGCGCGUGCGCGCGACGUCUCGGGUAGUAGCGGACAUUUUUUUCCAACCCGAUCCAAGCUAUAAGUAUUGUGCUUUAAUCGCAUAAUCACACAGUAUUCUGGGCAUCUGUGUUGCUGAAUCUUUUGCAAUUUGUUCAAUUAAUAAUGGAGAAGUCAAAGAAGAAAGAUGUAGGUGGGAAGCGGUGUAUUGCAGCUGCAUUUAGCAACACAAACACAGCCGGUGUUUCCUUGUUUACAUUCCCAAAGGUGAAGGUUUACUAUGGGACAGAGUGGUCAAGCGGCAGGUUUCGGUGAGAAAAUUAUGGUAAUAAAUCGGCUCUUACCGUAGACAUGAGCGGAGCUUGCGUCGUUCCUCGUGCACCUGUCAAAGAGGCAGCUGCCGACUGUCUUGCCUCCUCCGACCGGCCGCCCCCGAACGUGGAAUGCUUCCACCGUGGAGAGGGGGCAAAAAAAAGACCGGCUGCUUUCGCUUCGCCUCCCUCAGAGACACUGGCGGUCACCACACCCGUGGCCACACCCCUCCGACUUUCAGGUACGACAGUAUAAUCUCACUACAACACUUGUAACACAAUAAGCAGAUAUGGGAUUUUCCAGAAUUAUCCUAGUAAAUGUGUCUAAUAACAUCUGAAUCGCUCCCACUGCCUUGUCUUUUUUUUUUUCUUCUUUUAGUCCUUCACUCUCACUAUUCUCAUCCACGAAUCUUUCAUCCUCGCUCAAAUUAAUGGGGAAAUCGUCGCUUUCUCGGUCCAAAUCGCUCUCGCUACUGGUGGCUAUGAUUGUACACAAUGUGAGGAUGUGAGGAGCCCUACAACCCGUGACGUCACGCGCACAUCGUCUGCUACUUCCGGUACGGGCAAAGCUUUUUUAUUAGCGACCAAAAGUUGCGAACUUUAUCGUGGAUGUUCUCUACUAAAUCCUUUCAGCAAAAAUAUGGCAAUAUCGCGAAAUGAUCAAGUAUGACACAUAGAAUGGACCUGCUAUCCCCGUUUAAAUAAGAAAAUCUCAUUUCAGUAGGCUAUUAAAUUAAACAUUGAAUUAAAAAAAUUAAAUGAUGUAUGACUUAUUUUUAACACUUUUAUAAGUUAGCCCUUUUUUGGUUCCCCAAGACCUUUUAGUGUGUCAUUGCUCAAAAAAUAAUAAUAAAACAAAAUCAAUGUUAUGGAUCAUUGACCUAUUUUGGUGUCUGAUAACUUCACCUCAAAUAUUUCACUUUUAAUUUGGGGUGAUAAUAUAAGGGGUGCACAAAAAAUAGAUGCACAUCCAACUUGUGAUUCUUAUUCAUC